GGUCAGCGUGCAGCCUUCUUUCUCGGCUCUACUUGCAGAAUUUGUUGCACAAAUAACAUUCUAGUACAUGGUAAUCAAAAAAGAAAAAGUCCACUAAACAGCAAUUUUGGCUUUUUCUUCUGCCUGCUAUUUCUGGUCCAGUAAGUGAAAGAAGAUGGGGUCUGGCUGCCUAAAAGUCACCAAGUACUUCCUCUUCCUCUUCAAUCUCCUGUUCCUUAUCCUGGGUGCUGUGAUCCUGGGUUUUGGAAUAUGGAUUCUGGCUGACAAAACCAGUUUCAUUGCAGUUUUGCAGAUGUCAUCUCCCUCCCUGAAGACUGCUGCAUACGUCCUUGUUGGUGUUGGGGCUCUCACCAUGCUGAUGGGAUUCUUGGGCUGUAUUGGAGCAGUCAAUGAAAUCCGAUGCCUUUUGGGUCUGUACUUCACCUGCCUGAUGGUAAUCCUUAUAACCCAGGUUUCUGCUGGGCUGGUCAUCUACUUCCAGAAAGAAAAGCUGAAAGAAGAGGUGGCCCACAUAAUUGAAAAUCUGAUUGAAAAUUAUGACCCUUUGAAGGAUGAUCAGAGGAACUUACAAGAUGUAUGGGACUAUGUGCAAAGACAGGUUGCUUGCUGUGGCUGGACUGGAGCACAGGACUGGGAAAAUAAUAGGAUUCUUAUCAACCAAAGCAUGACUGAAUACCCCUGCUCCUGCUCCAAUAGCUCCAACAACCUUCAGGUAGAUAGCGGUUUCUGUAAACUGGAUGUCCCUGUCAACAGCACUGCAACGUAUGCUGAUUGGCCUGUUCAUGAGCAGGGAUGCACGGAUGGUGUAGAGAAUUGGUUGAAGGAUAACCUUGGUGUCAUUCUUGGGGUCUGCACUGGUGUUGCUGUUAUAGAGCUGCUGGGGAUGAUACUGUCCAUUUCACUCUGCAAGAACAUACACAGCGAAGACUACACCAAAGUGCCCAAGUCUUGAGUUGGCUGACUCCAGAGCUACGGCACUACAGAGAAAGGAGCAAAUGGAACAUUCCUGCCUCAUACCCAGACUGUCUAACCAUUGACCAUAAUUCCUGUGACAUCCCAUUUCUUAUACCACUCUGCUAAGAACUGUUAGAGCUGCAAAUACAGCCUGAUAUUCUGGCAAUAGGGCACUUGGGCUACCUGCAUCAUGCCUCCGGAUUAUUUCUACUUCAAGAAGCAGAACUUAACCAUCUUGUAUCACAUGAGACACCUAUUAACCUGUGGGGACAAUGCUUUCGCUGCCUGAUCUGUGUUAAACAGUCCUAUUCAUAUCUCCAGUCUACAAUCCACUGGGCCUACUAUACAAUAAGUCCUCUCCCCCCUUGUUCUCCUCCCACACAUCUUUUCCCCUCGCCCCUAGAAGUCCCAUCUUUUUGUCCCAUGAGUCAGGAUUGCUGUUGAGAUUCCAGUGCUUUGGUAGCUUCACAUUUUUCACUGACGUGUGGUAACUUGUUGUGCUUUAUAGACCUUCUCCUUCCUUGCAGUGAACCUGACUCAGCUCCUACUAUGAAUUUUCCAGCCUAGGCUCUCAUCUGAAAUAUCAAGCGCUACCCUCCUAUUAGCUUGUGGAGUCAGUUAUGCCAUGCCUUAAGAAGAGCUCUUCCCUUUGAUAGUGAUGAGAAGCCAAGGGAAGGGGGCCAAGCCUACAUAUUCCUAGUGUGGCCUGGCAGAUUGUGAUGGUGGUCGGCUGCUUCUGGAAUGGGUCCUUUGGGCUCUGGAUUUGACACUUGCAUAUUUCUCCCACUUGCCUCUCCACCCUUUCCUUUUCCCUAGCACUGCUUUGCUGGCUCCAGUCAGCUUGGAGGCAUGUCAGAGACUGCUGCAUGGUGUGAACUCAGUCCCAGGCUGGCUCUGCUGCUCACAUUCUUGGGUUGCCAACUUUUAUAUAGGUUAUGAUUAACUUAAUUCUUCCCCUGUCCCGUUUAUAAACAUUCAAUUUGUUAGCUGUGGGUUUUAAUUAUGAAUAUGGAGGGAUCUGACUGGAUUGCUGAUGUUGUGUAUUAGGUUUAUCACUGCUAGCAGUGUCCAGUUUAGGUUCUGCAGUUUGGAUGCAAGUUUGGUUGCUUUUAUUUCAGUUGUCUGGUCUUCUGACUGUGCUGCAGUUAGGAGCCACAGCUGCAUCCUGAGGGCUGGCUGGAGUGAAAGUACUGCAGCAGAUAAGUAACUGGUUCUGCAAUCACGCAGUAGGAAAUGUAUGUGAAGAACAUUGCCCAGACUUCUUAGAUAUGGGAGCUGGGUGCAAAUCCUUAGUCUUGGGCACAAUGGAUUUCCCGCAGUUACAUGUGCGUUCCAUCUCCCUGACAGGAAGAAGCUGUAUGAGAGAGAAGUGGCUGGUCCUUGCUUGAGACCUGACACAAGGUACUUGGUAAGAGAGCCUUUGCCUUACAGAGGUGGUCUCAGAACUGUCUGUUCUCAGGGGUGGGGUUGGUAGAAAUGACCUAGUAGCAGUUUAAAGGGAUGGCUUCGCUACCUACUUAGUCUUCCUUCUGGGAAGAAAGGUUUGUGCAGGGAAUUAGGACCACAGCAGUGGGUCCCUGCUCUGUCCUUAUCUCUGGACACAGCAGUUAUUGGGGAGAGUUAUUGCCCGACUGGGCAACGGUUGUUUAUGGAGGUCUGAUAAGGCUUUGCUAUUUUGAGACACUUGACACCUCCUGCACAGACCCUUCAAGCUGACUUUUGCUAUAGCAAAAGGCACCGGUUUUAGCAGUAAAGCUUGCUAGCUUUUGUAGCACAAAAUCUAUUCCCUAAUGUGUUCUUGUUUAUAAGAUUCCUGUUCAGUUACAGAUGCCAAUGCUGAGCAGCAAGUAAAAAGGAGCCCAUGCUGGAUUUCCUUUUUGAUUUCUCUUUGACUGUUUUUAGCAACAGCUUCCUACUGGAAGAAAUGCAUGUACAGAUAUAUAAGUCUAGAGAGUGAAUAUUUCUGUAAUAAAGACUUUGCUAAAAAAAUUCUCUGUUUACGACUGGUGCUUUGCAGUGGUUUCCCCUUGCUUCCUUUCCAUCCCCUUCUGCUUACAUGAAAAUCACUGACGCCUUGUUUGUUCAAGGUAGCGAAGAACCUGUCAAAAGCUAUUCUGAGGCUCAUGUGUGAGAGCACUGUGGUCUGUGAAGAUACUGCCUAGCAAAGGGAGGUGACAAUUUUCCUAGGGUGUAUUCUGAAGUAAACUUUGACUGGUUUUUGAAGUGUGUCUGUCCUAGGGUGAGCUGACUGAGUGAUGGUUCCUUUGAAUUACAUACUGCCUCCUAAGCUAAGUGAUCUUUGUAUUUGAAGAUGUCACUUCAAGUCUGUAGAGUCUGCACUGUAUGAAGUGAUAUGCCUCAGGGGACUAACUCUGACAAAACAUAAGCUUGCUGCUAUGCCCACAGUGUGUGCAGCUCUUGCUCGCUUAGCAUUAUCAUUUUUUUCCCUCUUCCUGCUUGCCUUUAGUAGGCUCCUGCCUCCAGGCUACUAUUUUUGAAAGAUUUCUCAACCCCUGCCCUGCCACUGUGAGGAGGAAGAAAGGCAAAGUAGUCAUUUUUGUAGGUUAUGCCACCACACACUGGACUUGACUGUUUGUAAAGCUCUGGAGAAGCAGGUAGAGCAACUGUGUGAACUUUCUUGCCUGCCUCGGCUAGGCAGUGGAGAAGUGGAUAUGAGAUGGAUCUCAAAAUUCAUUGAGGUCCUGUUUGUGGUGAUGUUUCUCAACAUUUUUCAUUUCUUCAUGAUAUGAGCCACUGGCACAGGUUGCCCAGGGAAGUUGUGGAUGCCCCAUCCCUAGAGGUGUUCAAGGCCAGGCUGUAUGGGGCCUUGGGCAGCCUGAGCUAGCGGGACAUGUCCCUCCUUGUCACAGGAGGGUUGCAACUCGAUGAUCUUUAAGGUCUCUUCCAACCCAAACCAUUCUAUGAUUUUAUGAAUUUUAUACAAUAGGCAGGGUUGGAAGGGUCCUUAAAGAUCAUCUUUUUCCAACCCACCCUGCUUUCUUGGGAGCUCAGUCUGAAGUGACACAUCCCUCCUGGCAGGUGCGGAGGAAGCAGCCUUUCGCCGGGUGGACAUCACAGCUGAGCUCCCUCCCACUGACCGAGCCUGGCUCUCGAGCACUGGAACUGCGCCCUCCCUGCGCACUCUGACCUCGCUAACUGCCUUCGCCAACUGCUGCGAACGCGCUCCCGGUUGCGUCGCUCCCAAAAGACCGUUUAAAUCUCCCUCCCGCGGCCGCUUCCGGGACCGCCCCCCCGCGCCACCCGUCACGCACGAGCCUGGGCUGCUGCAGUCCGGAUCCUCCCGCCGGGCUCCCUCCGGGCUUCCUGGGCUUCUCCCGCUCUGCCAACCGCCCCUCGGCCUCGAUGUAGUGCCCGGCUGCAGCACUUACCGUGUCUGCCGCCCAACCGUCUCGAUUAAUUAAAAUGGCUGUCCUUAAGAGGACUUGUGUUAGUGUGCUAAUGGAGGCCGGAGCUGUUGCUUUAGGAAGUAAUAAGCAUGACUUAAGUCCUCAGACACAUUUGAAACAGACUGAAGUUUGCAGAGAAGAAGGUGCUGGGUGCUACCAGCAAAUGGUGGCAACUGGUCUAAAGUCAAGACUUUACCCUUACCAGCUGAGCACGGAGCAAGAGGUGCUUAAAUAGAUCCUGGACCCACAGUAGCAUGCAAUGGUCUGUUUGAUCUAUGAGUACAACUUGUGAUUCUUGGUAACAUGGCAACUCAUCUCUUUCAUGUUGGUUUCCUGGAGCACCUUGCUUUCAUCCGGUGGCAGUGCUUCCCCAGGGCCUCGUGAUUUAAAAGGCUACACUUGAUGGCAAAGCUACCAAACCUGACCACAUACCUGCUAGGGGUGGAAGAGUACUGCUGGUUCUCCUUCAGCCUGAUGUGGAGCUGGAAAGAGAAAGGAGAGAAAGUGAAGACUGCUUCUUGUCACCAGCUUGGGUCCCCAGCUGCCCGAGCUCUAUGGAAACCACUUGCCUUUGGCCACCGGAGGGAGGUGUUUCACCAAGAAAAGUCAGCCCGGGCGCUGCAGUACAGGCAGCACCGGCUGGUCCCUGAGGGGUGGGAUGAUGACGCUGAUCACUUCCUUCUGGUCCUACUUAUUCCUGACAGCGGGGCAGCUUAAAUAACUUGUAACUACGAUUGUAUUCUCCUUGUAGACUAUUUAUGCUGCAUGCUUGGCAUUUUUAGGGAUAAUUUUCCCUUCAAUUUCUUGGAGCAGCACACAGUCGGGUAUUUUGCUGCAUGUCUUCCACUACUGUAUGUGGGUUAUUCUUGCUUGUUGGGUUUCUGUCCUAAUUACCUCUGGAAGUUGAAUAUAGCAUGAGGAGCUUCUCCUGCAACUUCUUUCCUUGUCCCCAUCUUUUUCCCGUUUCACUCUAUCCUCAGUUCCUUUAUGUGGUCAACCCCGAGGAGAUGGAGAAGGCACUUGAUGUCUAUAAACCUGAUCUAAUAAAAAAGGAUUCUGGGAAGAAAGUCCUCAGACCUUCAAAGAGCAAGGAACCUGCUGAUGCUUCUUGGGCCAGGCUCUCAGCUCAUCUCCAGAGCUAAAGGUUUGCUAUUGGAACUAGAAAUCAGGAUAGUGCUCAGACUUCUUGGGAGCUGCAAUGUUUCUCUAUCAAAACCCCCGGUGCCAACCUUUGCAGUAGCUCAGCACAUGGAAGCAUUUUGUGCAUAACCAAUAAGUGCUAUAUAGCUGUCCCAGGCCAAGAAUUAACAUUGCAAGAGCAUAGUUGUGACGUCCCUGUGGCUUUAAGUAAGACCUCUAGUAAUAAACCAGUGACAUUCCUCAUUCUGUGUGAUCAUGAGGAACGCAAGAAGCAGCUAUAAUUCUUCCUAUGAGAUGUUUUUUCCCUUCUGGAAGGGGAAGAAUUGUAUUAGCUAGAGUGGGUGUGGGUAACCCUGGAUGCUGCAAUGCAUCUUGUUUUCUGUGAGGGUUUCUGCAUGGUACGUACUCAUUUGUAACAUGUGGCAGCUGUUUUUUUUCUCUGUAACUAUCCCAUGGGUGGUGAUGUGGCUGGUCCCUGCCGGCUUUGCUCAGGAAUUGAGGCUGAAUUCGGUAGACUUCAGAAUCAAUCUGAUUUCUGGCUGCUGAAGGACAGACUGCAAGCAGUGGUGAGUAGGACUCUGUUGAGGAAGGUGAGGAAGAGCAGCUACAGGGGCUCAUUGUGGAAAAGCCUGAGGACCUUGUGAGUCUCACAAAUGCAUUUUCACAGCCAGUUGCUGCCACACAAUGCCAUAAAUGGAGAACUUGCCCUCAAUUAUUUAUGGUCUGGCUCUAACCCAUUAGCCGCUGAGACUCUUGGCUCUAGCCUUGGCCUUUUAUUACAAAGAAUAAACCUCAGUUAGCAGCCAGGAUUUCUGAAUGAUGUCUUAAGCCAGGUUGACGCUAAAAACUUGUCUGUGGAAAAUCUACUAACAUGGAAGUCUUCAAAUGCUUGUAAACUGGUGAAAGGUCCCUAGCAAACCUAUGCCAUUACUGAAUGAAAGCUAUUAGGAAAAUGUUGCUAGUGAAGCUGCUAUGUAUGCUUUAGUCAUUUUAAACAGUUUCUAGAAGGCAUGUACAAUUUCUUGCCUUGGGGCAAGACUUUUCUACCAAACAUGGGAAAUUACCUCUGAAGCAGAUUGUGUAACCCUAGCUAUACAUUUGUACUUCUCAUAGGUGUAAAUUUUCUGGCUUCUUCCUUCUAAGCUCCUAAUAAUAAAAUUGUCUGGGGUG